AUGUAUCCGACACUGACGCCUGUAGGAAAAAGCUCGCAUUGGUACACUGAAAAGCAAACUGUCCAAGACAAGGCGCUGGAGAUAGCGUAUCUGGAGGAUAAAAUGGAAGCAAAAAGGUUGAAUGACAUCCAGGUGGGUAUUCCCAUCUUGAUCCGUGGCCAGCCUAUCCUACCCUCGAAGAUGACCAACGUCAAUGGAGACAAAGACGAAGAUGAAGAAGAGCCUAUGGAGGAAGAGGUGGUUGACGAUGAUGGGCUUGAUGAGACGGAUCUUUCAGCAUCCCAUCUCCCAACUGACAACGAUGAUUUCCACAACCCCAUGUAUGACCAGCAGCAGCAGCAGCCUCAAGACGAUGAUGAAGACGACGGCACGCAACCACAUACAUUCCGUUAUGCAAGGUACGACUCGGAUGAAUCUCCUUGA